AUGAAUCAGAUAAGAUGCCUUGGAGGGCUUCGAGUCAAAUGCUAAAUAGAAUAAGAUGGCUUGGUAGAAUUAGCAAGCUAUAAAGUAAGUAAAGUUCGUAGAAUUUAUUAUCCCUAAAAUCACUUAGCUCAUCCAAAUGAUGAAAAGAAUUUAAUCCAAUUAAAUGAGCUUUUUCGUAAUAUUGAGCUAGAAAAUGAGAAUUUAAUAUCACAAUUAUGUUUGAUGAUUAAAGAGAUAAAAGAACUGAUUAUUGAAUUAAAUUAAGAAUUGAGAAAAAAAUAACAAUUAUUUAUAGAGAGAUUGUAACAGUUAAAUACAAAGCAAUUGAAUUAAAACUUAGAUUAAUUAAUAAAAUAUGAUGAAAUCAAAAUAUGCUUAUAAAAUGUACAAGAGGCAUGUUAAAACAACAUAAUCAUAUAAAUAAAAAAACAAAUUUAAGAAUUGAAACUCAACUAAAAUUUAAACAUCAUCACAAGUAUCCUAUAAACUGGGGAACAGUUCAAUAUCUCUUCAAAAAGUUAAGAAGAACAAGAAAAAGCGGAGGAAUUAUAUUAAAAAGGUAUUUAGAUGUCUAAUUUAGCAAACAAAUUAUAACAGGAUAAAAAAUACGAAGAGGCAAUCAAAAUCUUGGAUGCUGUAUUACUUAUAAAUCAAAAUCAUUUAUAAUCAUUAAAAGAAAAAGGUAUUAAUGUAUAUGCAAAUGUAUUAGCAUGGUGUUUAUAUAUGCUAAGUAAAUACCAAGAUGCAAUUAUAUGGGCAGAUAAAGCUUUGUCUAUAGAUUCAAAAUCUCUGAAUUCAAUGUAUAUAAAAGGUAUAAAUAAUCAAAGUAAAUUUAUAGCUGAAUGUUUAUAUUAUUUACAUAAUUUCAAUGAUUCAAUAUAAUGGAUUGAUUAAGCUUUGUCAAUAGAUUCAAAGAAUUCCAAUUCGUUAAAUGCAAAAGGUAUAUAUUCUUUUCUAAUAUAGGUGAUAUAUUAUCUGCAAUGGGCAAAUAUGAAGAAGCUCUAAAAUUUUUUGACUAAUCAUUGAAUUGUGACCCGAAUUCUUCCUACAAAAUUUAUUAAAAAGGUUGUUACAUUCUAUUCCUUUAGGAAAUUGCUUACAAUAAUUAUUAAGGUAUAAAGAAGCUAUUGUUUAUUUCGAUAAGUCUUUAUAAAUCAAACCAAAUUACUUACCAACUAAAUUAGGUAAAGGUAUAUAGAUUAAUUUAUAUCUAGCUCAUUGUGAAAAACAACUCAAUUAAUAAGAAGGAAUCAAAUGA